AUGGCGGACGAAGUUAUUAAUAUUUUGGAAAAUAUGAAAUUGACAACGGAGGAAGAGGAAGUCAUAGCUAUCUCGGAUGAAGGUCGGAAGGAGGAAAUUGAGAGCUGUUCGUUGAGCUUGAUUGGGAAGUUUCUCACGUGUAAACCCUUCAACAAGAGGGCGGCGCUGAGCACAUUGAGAAGAGCGUGGGGUUUGGAAGAGGGGGUGCAGAUGGUUGAGGUUGGCUCAAACUUAUUCCAGUUCAAGUUCAAGACGGAGUUUGAGAUGGAGAGGAUUAUUAAAAGCGGUCCGUGGUCUUUUGAUAACCAAGUACUCAUGGUGAAGCGGUGGAAACAGGGGAUGACGGCGGGGAACGUUCAGUUUGACUCAGUAGCGUUAUAG